AUGGCAAAAAUUAAAAAUAUAAUACUUCACAAUCCAAUCGAAAAACAAUUCAAUAAUGUAACGAAAUAUCAUUAUUACCUAUUCAUAUUAAUAUUUUCAAGUAAAAUACCAAUUUUCUGGCAUGUUUUGAAUCUGAUAUUUCUUUCACCGCCUAUGGAUUAUAUUUGCAAUGACAUUCGAAGGAAUUCGUCAAAGAAUGCAUGUCCAUGCGAUGAACCAGUAUGGGACAGAAGCGUAUUUGCUGAAACAAUGCAAACUAAAUUUGGAUUAUACUGCGAAAGCAUUUGGCUAAUUAACUUUUCACAAAGCAUGAUGUACGUUGGAUUGUUAAUCGGAGCUCUGAUCUUUGGAUUCUUCUCAGAUAAAUAUGGUCGACUUUCCAUGUUUACAAUGAGUUGUCUUAUCUUGGCAGUAUCUGGUUGCUUAGUAAGCGCUAUGCCUACGGCUACUGCUUACAUAUUCAUGCGAAAUAUUGAGGGUAUUGGUACAGGCGGUGCUAUGAUUACAGCCUAUGUUCUUUGCAUAGAAUAUACCGGGUUAAAACAUAGAGAAAUAGUUACCGCGCUCUUUCACAUCCCAAUUAAUAUUAGUCAUAUGACACUACCCGGAAUAUCGUAUUUGUUUCGCCACUGUGAUGAUUUUCAAUUGGCACUAUCGAUUCCUAUAUUGUUCUAUGUAGCUUUGAGAUGGUUAACGAUGGAAUCACCGAAGUGGCUAAUGGAUAGCGGUCGUAUUGAUGAAGCUGUUAAUAUUAUGGAAAAGUUCGCAACUUUCAAUGGAAUAUCUCGCGAAAAUAUCAGAGAACAAAUAGAAGAAUAUCACGCACACCACGCAACAAAAACGCGGAGGCAGAUUAAGUUUUGGCAGAUAUUCAAACACAAAAAAAUAACAAUGAAUCUUUUUUAUAUGUCAGUAAUAUAUUUCCUCUGCGGUAUGGGUUAUUAUGGUGUGUCCCAAUAUAUUGGCAAAAUGAGUGGAGAAAUUCAUAUCAAUGUUGCAAUUUCUGGUGCUUUACUGUUACCAGGCACGAUAGCUGCGGUAUUUUUACUUAAGCUUUUAAAUAGAAGAACAUUUUUGAUGUCCACCAUUAUUCUUUCUGGCGCAUUUAUGAUUAUCAAUAUUUGUAUUCCGAUUCGCUUAAGAUGGAUUAGAGUUGUCACCAGUUGUUUAUGUAAUUGUUUUUUUUUCAUGUCAUUCAUAAUCGCCUCCCUUUUUGCAGUUGAAUUAUUUCCUACAUCAGUUAGAAAUUCUGUGCUAGGUUUUUUAUCAGUAUUGUCAAGAGUUGGUCAAAUAACUGCACCUCUUAUAAACUCGUUACCGGAAAAUGCGUCAGGCGCUGUGUUUGGAGUCUUGGGUUUGAGUGGCAUAUUUUUUUGUUAUUUACUUCCCGAAACUAAAGAUACCGAACUUCCGUCAACUUUGGAUGAUACCAAAUUAUUGACUCGCAGAAGAACAACUCUUGAACCCGAUAUUGCAAUAAUAUGAUUGGAAAUAU